AUGGGGACGACUUGCUCCUCUCUCCCUUGGUGCCACCUGCAGCACACCAUAGGUGGGUCAACUCGUCCCUCCCCCCUCCCCCCUCCCCCAACCCCUUCCAGUGGUGACAGUGCCGGCAACGAUCAUGGGUCUCUUCCCUUGGCGCAUAAAAAAGAAGAUCAACUGAAGAUGCCCUUGAGUGAGGCCGCCGUUCUCUCCCCAUGUCCAUUAGAGCAAGAGGGAUAAAUCAUUUUUAUUUUGUUUCUUUGACUUUUAUGUAAUUGAACCUCUUUUAUCCUAGUUAAUACAAUCUAAAUUUCGUGAAAGUUUAUUCCCCUUUGUCUCAUCAAUUUUGAAUAGUCAAAGUUGUUGAAGGAAGUGAAAAAUCAUCCCCAUUGGCUAUCUAUAAUUUAUUUACAAGGUGGCUGGUUGAGCCUUGAGAGAAAUCUUCUUCUCAACGUGCAUUGAAUUUCUAUUUGUGGCCGCUAAAUUUCAGAGAGUAAAUAAAUUAGAAUAUGAUCAUUAAUUAACAUACAUCAACUAGUUCAAAACUCUCCUUGUGUUAAACUUGGUUUUUCAAUAAUUCAUCAAGAUUAGGAGAAGAGCUCUCUCCCUCCCCACCUCGUUAUCUCUCUCUCUCUCUCUCUCUCUCUCUUUCUUUCGUUCGAAGGCAAGAGAGGUAGAGAUCAUUGUGGCCGUCCCCCUGAUCUACUCUCUCAUCAUCCCACCUCCAUCGAUAGCCUGGCGACCUCCUUGACGCCUAUGGCCGUCGGUGAGGAGCUCCGGGAGAGUGGGUCGUCGCAGGGUGGCCCAGAAGAUCCCCCCCCCUUUCAGAUCUCUCGGCGGUCCUCAUCGAAUCUUCGUAUUUUUGGGAGAGAGAGAGAGAGAGCGAGAGAGAGAGAGAGAGAGAGAGAGAGAGAGAGAGAGAGAGAGAGAGAGAGAGAGAGAGAGAGAGAGAGAGAGUCAGUGGUACAGGCGAACAUUAAAAUGGGAAUAUAGAAUAGGACAAAACAAAAUAAACUUAUUUAAGAAUUCUUCAUGGGGUUUUGGAGAGUUCGACCAAGACGAUACGAUCUAAUGAGACAGUCAAUGCCAAUAUAAUUACCGCCUGA